AUGAUUAUGCCAAUAACGCGGAUAGAAGCAAAGAACUUCUUGAACGAAAACGAAUAUAAUCUAUUUGAUGAUGAAGAGAUCUGUCGACUGAACAUAUACAACGCUAUCAUACGAUACAUUUUCAAAAGUGAGUUUUCGGCACCGGUAACGGAAAUUCUGGAAAAUGGCAGAACCUACGUACUCGAUGUUGGUUGUGGCAGCGGCUCUUGGCUUUUCGACAUGGCAAUCAAAUAUCCAAAUUCGUCAUUUAUUGGAAUCGACUAUUCACCCAAUGUUCCCGAAAACUCAAAAUUAUUAAAUAACAUCGCAUUCUUGCGAGGAGACUUGAAUAAUGGAUUGCCAUUCCCCGACAAUUCUUUUGAUCUGGUUCAUAUGGCAGACAUGAGAUCCUCCAUCGAGCGUGAUCAAUGGCCAUUAGUCAUCAGGGAGUUGACGAGAGUUCUGAAACCUGGUGGAUGGCUAGAGGUUGGUAUAUCUUUACUAUUUUCGGAAGACCCCCUCGAUCUUUAUCUUUACAUUGAUGAUCCUUACGAAGUUUCCGAAUCAUUUGCAUUAUGCAUUGAAAGCACCGGUUGCGACCCUAAUAUUUAUAAUAAAAUACCCGAAUUUUUAAAGGCCACCAAAUCAUAUGAAAAAGUGAUGUGCGCCGAAAGAUCGAUUCCAAGUGGAACUUGGGCCGACGGUUUAGGAAUCCUUGUAAGUAACAUGAAACUGCUUCACCUGGAUGCAAAAUAA